AUGUCCACUCCAGACAAUAAGCCAGGCUUCCUCUCGAACCUGUCGCCAUGGGGCUCGAGGAGCGUUACGCCUAAACCCCCGCCAACCCCGAGGGAUACCGAGGAAGACCAGGAGAAGGACAAGGGAAAGGAGAGGGAAACUCUAACACGCGGACUAGGAUCGCAAAGGGGAGGAGACCAUAUUGUCGACCGCAGGCCCCGGCUUAGUUUGAAGAAAUAUCCCCAAGACUGCCCUGCGCUUGCCGUGAGAUGGUUCCAUGCUGUAGAUCUACCAAAAAGAAAGCCGUUUUCCGAAAACGCAAUCAAACCUGAUAAGCCUCUCCCGAAGCCAAAGAAAUGGAUUCCCUUCAGCACCAACGACUCUCGUGCCGUCGAAGCUGCUUUCCAACACACCGCCGACAAAGCUGACGCUGCCGAGCUGAGAAAGGGUAUCGGUAGUUCUGCUACGCCAAACCAGCCCAGUCAGGACGCUCCAACCCCUACAAAAGUUCCUGUAAACGAGGACUACUUGUAUGAUGUAGAAAUCGAGACACGGGAGCUGGCACCUACCUACUGGCUAGGACCUGUGUAUGAUGUGAAAAGAGGAACGUGGUUCACACCAGACGGCGAGCCUGUCGACGAAGGACUUGCGAUGCAGCUGGAGGAAGGAUAUCUGAAAGUCAGGCCAUGGCGCUUUGGAAAAGACGGAGAGAAACGAUCAGCUUCGCAGCCUCGUGCGCGACCCACAUCCAUGGGAAGUAGCGUAGGCGAAGAAUACCGCAAAGAAUUGGCAAGCCUGAACCGAGACUCGUCAUCGAACCCGGUCACACCGAAAACCUCCAUGGGUAAUCUCCGAGGCGAAGCAAGUAAAGAACAGGACGAGACAAAACCAGACGAUAAACCUAUGCCCUCCACCGCUCCCGAGACGUCCAGAACGCACCGCCUGUUCGGUGCCCACAUGAACUCCACCGUCACAUAUCAAGAUGAAAACACAGCGUGGUUGUUAACAGACGACAUGUGGACCCGCAUGGGAAGCACUCUGUACCAACGUUUCGCGGGAGGCGCGCACUAUGCUGGAUAUCGAUAUGUGCGCGGCUACACAGACCUCAAAGAGAAGAAGAAACCAGUGAACGCGGCGGUCGACCCCAACAGCAAGGAGUCAGAGCGGCCUCUGACACCUUCAUUGGCGUACGGUUCAGAUAACGGAGGACAACCCAUAUCCAGUGGGUCAGAGGACGGUUCUGAUGACGAGAUGGUUGAUCAAGGGGGGAGAGAAUCACCAUCCCAGACACGGAGAAGAAACCUCGAGAGACAAGUUUCGAGCCUCAUGACUUCCUCGAAACCCGAGUAUGAGCUGAAAGAAGAGGAGGAGAUGCGAAAACUCGAGGAGAAAGAGAUGCGCGAAGACUACAAGAACCGAGACAAGGGUGAACAAGGACGUGAAAUUGAACAUCUGUUGCUUGUAACUCACGGCAUUGGACAGCGCUUAGGCAUGCGUAUGGAGAGUAUAAACUUCAUCCACGACGUAAAUACCAUGCGCAAAGCACUCAAGUCAGUCUACGCAAACUCGCCUGACUUACAGGCCUUGAAUUCGGAAGUGGACACAGACACGAAAAACAGCCGCAUCCAGGUCAUUCCGAUCGUCUGGAGGCAUCUACUCGAUUUCCCCCAGCAGAGUAUCAAGCACAAUCGCAAGGAGCAUGAUCUGGGCGAUCUAGAUCACGAGGACCAUGAAUUCCCAAGCCUUGAGGAUAUUACUGUCGAAGGUAUUCCAGCUGUGCGCAACUUCUUGACAGAUCUUGCUCUGGAUAUCCUUCUGUACCAGAGUCCGGCUUACAAGGGUCACAUCUCUCGCAUUGUGGUCAAUGAGAUGAAUCGUUCUUACCGCUUGUUCAAGGAACGCAACCCCUCUUUCAAGGGGAAAGUCAGUCUAGUCGGUCACUCACUCGGAUCAGCUAUCAUGUUUGACAUCUUGUGCAUCCAGAAAGACGCAAAGAUCAGGUCGGAGUCGCAUUCCAGCAAGCACCAGCGUCGUAUAGUAGAGGAAGGGUUGAAACUUGACUUCGAAGUGGAAGACUUCUAUGCUCUGGGAUCGCCGAUCGGGUUGUUCCAGAUGUUGAAAGGUCGUACCAUCGCUGCCAGGCCAUCUAACGCUUUCGUACCGCCCGAGACACCAGCAACUCCGCUCGACGACCCGUUCUCACCCACAGCUGCGGAACGAAACCACGCUUUCGACAUCACCACUUCUUCGCCCCUCUGCAAACAAAUCUUCAACAUUUUCCAUCCCACAGAUCCCAUCAGCUAUCGCAUUGAGCCUCUCAUCUCACCCUCCAUGUCCGCUCUGAAAGCCCAGCCGCUGCCUUAUACCAAGAAAGGUAUCUUUGGUGCCCCUGCCUCUCAGGGUCUGACCGGUAUUGGUGCGCGAGUCGGUCAGGGCGUCACCGACUUUUGGACAUCAAUUGGCUCGGGAAUUGCGAGCGGGCUUCUCAAUCGAAGUUUAGGUAUCACAGGAAACGAAACCACAAGAGGGGGCGACAGCUUACAGAAUCCCCGCACUGCUCAACGGCUACCCCUUGGACGUAGCACGACUUAUUCUGCGGAAGCGGUACUUGGCUCGAACGAGCCUACCAGCGCGUUCAUCAAUGACGAGCGGAGAAGGAGACUGGAACAAGAAACCAUUGCGCCAGGUGAAGAAGGGGAGCACCCUCCUACCCUUAUUGAGUCUGACAUCGAGACACUGUUUGCUGGCUUCCAGAAAGUAAGAAAGAACAGCGCAUUGACUGAAGACGGAAAGAGGAAUGUAGAGAAGGACCUCGAGUGGCAGGAGCUGGAAGAGCGAAGUCGGAAGUUGAGGAAGGAGGAGGCGAAAGUGAGAGCGCUGAAUGCGAACGGACGGGUGGAUUUCAGUAUUCAAGAAGGUGCUUUCGAUAUCUCCCUUCUCGCCAGCAUAGCUAGCCAUUUGGCUUACUGGGCUGACGAGGAUGUGUCGCAUUUCAUGAUUUCUCAAUUGUUGGCUAGACAUCGUGUCUUCAAAGCGAAGUCUACUGAGACAUGA